AUGGAGCCCGGCAGCAUGGAGAAUCUGUCCAUCGUGUACCGGAGCCGCGACUUCCUGGUGGUCAACAAGCACUGGGACGUGCGCAUCGACAGCAAGACGUGGCGCGAGACGGUGACUCUCCAGAAGCAGCUGCGGCACCGCUUCCCUGAGCUGGCUGACCCCGGCACCUACUACGGCUUCAGGUUCUGCCACCAGCUGGACUUCUCCACUAGCGGGGCGCUCUGCGUGGCCCUGAGCAAGGCGGCCGCUGGCAGCGCGUACAGGUGCUUCAAGGAGCGGCGCGUCACCAAGGCGUACCUGGCUCUGGUGCGGGGGCACGUCCAGGAGAGCCGCAUGACCAUCAGCUACGCCAUCGGCAGGAGCAGCACGGAAGGUCGGGCUCACACCAUGUGUAUCGAGGGCACACCGGGUAUGGCAGGCUGCGAGAACCCAAAGCCAAGCUACACGGAGCUGGUGGUCCUUGAGCUCGGGUUGUACGCGGGGGACCCCGUCUCCAAGGUGCUGCUGCAGCCGCUUACAGGUCGGACACAUCAGCUGCGUGUGCACUGCAGCGCCCGCGGCCACCCCGUGGUGGGCGACUUGACCUACGGGCGGGGCGGUGGCCAGGAGGAGCGGCCCUUCCGCAUGAUGCUGCAUGCGCUUUACCUGCGGGUGCCCACGGAUGCUGAGCGUGUGGAGGCUUGCACCCCCGACCCCUUCGUGCCUGCCCUGGAUGCCUGCUGGAGCCCCCACACCCUAGUUCAUCCCCUCAACCAGCUCAUCCAGGCCCUGCGAGCAGCCCCUGACCCCGCAGCCGGGAGCCCCCAGCCGUGCAGCCCCGCCGUGCCCCACCCUGUGACCCCUGAGACCGAGGCACAACGGGCCUCUUGCCUACAGUGGCUGCUGGAGUGGACACUGGAGCCAGACAGCUGA